CAUCUUGGGACAGAGGCUCUUUCCAGAGGAAACUUGGGCCUUGGAUUUUAAUGUCAAUGAUGGAAAAAUAUGAGAAUGUCUCCUGGAUCCCCCAGCAGGAACUGGAAGAUCCAUUCAAGAAAUACCUGAACAGCACAGAGGACUACCUGACCUUUGUCUGUGGGCCUCGGCGCAGCCACCUCUUCCUCCCGGUGACGGUGGUGUACACCCUGAUUUUUGUGGUUGGGGUCGCUGGCAAUCUCCUGGUGUGCCUGGUGAUUCUCCGGCACCAGACUAUGAAGACACCCACCAACUACUACCUCUUCAGCUUGGCUAUCUCGGACCUCCUGGUCCUGCUCCUCGGGAUGCCCCUGGAAGUCUAUGAGAUGUGGCGUAACUACCCCUUCCUGUUUGGGCCCGUGGGCUGCUACUUCAAGACGGCCCUCUUUGAGACUGUGUGCUUCGCCUCCAUCCUCAGCGUCACCACGGUCAGCGUGGAGCGCUACGUGGCCAUCCUCCACCCUUUCCGCGCCAAGCUGGAGUGUACCCGGAGGAGGGCCCUCAGGGUCCUGGGCAUCAUCUGGGUCUUCUCCGUUCUCUUCUCUCUGCCCAACACCAGCCUCCAUGGCAUCAAGCUCCACUACUUCCCCAACGGGUCUUUGGUCCCGGGCUCUGCCACCUGCGCGGUCAUCAAGCCCAUGUGGAUCUAUAAUUUCAUUAUCCAGGCCACCUCCUUCCUCUUCUACAUCCUCCCCAUGACUGUCAUCAGUGUCCUCUACUACCUCAUGGGGCUCAGACUAAAGAAAGACCAAACCCUUGAGGCAGACAAAAUAACUGCAAAUAUUCAAAGACCCUACAGAAAAUCACUCACCAAAAUGCUAUUUGUCUUGGUCUUAGUGUUUGCUAUCUGUUGGACCCCAUUCCACAUUGAGCGGCUCUUCUUCAGCUUUGUGGAGGAGUGGACUGAAUCCCUGGCUGUUGUGUUCAAUCUCAUCCAUGUGGUGUCAGGUGUCUUCUUCUAUCUGAGCUCAGCUGUCAACCCCAUUAUCUAUAACCUACUCUCUCGCCGCUUCCGAGCAGCGUUCCAGAGUGUGAUCUCUCCUUCCUGCAAACAGUGGCACCCCCAGCAUCACCCACAAGGGCCACGUGUCCAGCGGAACAUCUUCCUGACGGAAUGUCACCUUAUGGAGCUGACUGAAGAGGCGGGUCCCCACUUCCCCUGUCAGCUGUCCAUCAGCAGCUCUCACCUCCACACAGCGCACUAUACAGGACAGACAACAUGAAAGGAACUCUCAUUCCUCUCUGCCUCCACAGUUAUG